UACUCAACCCAAACAAAUGUACCUAAUGUUUGGGUUAUUACAAAUGGUGGACUAGAAAGUACAUUACAAGCAAUGGCAUUAGGAAAGCAUUUGGCUGGUUCUAAAGAACUAUCAAAUACUUUUAAACUGAAAACAAUUACUGCUAGUGAACGGCUACAACUGUUUCCUGUUGUUCUUCAGAAAUAUAUAAUUAAUUGUGGCCAAGAUGCUAUACCUGCUUGUUUUCAUUUAUCCAACAUAUGCUCAAAUCAAAAACCUUUUACAGUAUAUGUUGGGUAUCCUGGUAUACCUUUUAUUAACUUUGACCAAGUUAUCUUACCAAAAUAUGAAGCAAACGCUAAAAUGGCUGCACUUGGUCCUUUAGCCAAACAAAAGAAUGGUAUUAUUACGCCUGCACCACUCUUGGAUUUAGUCACUGAUACUCACCAUGAAUUGGACAGAAGGAUACCUAUAUCGUUUAAACAGAACUUUUCUGUUGUUGUAGUUGGAGGAUAUUCACCCAACUGUAGAUGGUAUUCUGAGGAUGCUGUCUCUUUGGCUGAUAAUAUUAAACGCAUGAUAACUCGUUUAGGAGACAAAGUGAUACUUAUAUUUACAGAUAGAACAUCUGAAUUAGUCAAGUCUAAAAUGUCAAAACGAUUAUUAGAAGAUGACCCGACCCUAAAUUCAUCCAUUUUUAUUUGGGAUUCAACAAAAGAACAAAUAUCAACGAUAGAUAAAAUAAAAUUGUAUGAAAACAUGAUUUAUUAUUCAAAACGAGUCGUACUGACAGCAGACUUGGAUUAUGUUUGUACUCAUGCCAUAUCUAAAAAGUAUAUAACAGAAUUACGAAAUAAUGAAUCACUUGAAACUAAUGAGUAA